GCUGGUCUCAACACGCGACACUAUUGUCUGUGCAUCCAAUUGACGCGCCAAUAGUGCAAUCUGCAUUUAUACAUUGUGAGAAAUACACGCGUAUUUUUUCGAUCGAUCCGCGGCGCACGUGUGUGUUUAGUGACUAAGCGCGCUUUAAAUUCCACGCCAACGUCAAGUGAGUGUCAAACUUCAAGCCGUACACGCAAAUGGUUGAGAUAGAAUCCCCGAUUCCGGAUAUGGAGACUGAACAAAGACAUUUCCACGACGAAGGAAGCAUUCACGAAUACUAUACAAGUAUCUACAACCCGCAAGAGGGUAUAAUACAAAAUCGUUCUGAUCUCUUGUUUUCAUGUACUGAACAGGAUUUUAAUACCAUUCCAUAUCUUUUGCAACUGCAAAACCAGGCAGAAAAGAAAGCACGAGUCUCACAGCAGUUGGAAUCUUUACAAUCUAUAGAACUUCCGACAGUACACCUUAAGCAAGAAGAAGAAAACUAUGAUCGUUUUAUACAGGACAUGUUCCCAGAAUUACAUGGUGUGGAGGCUAUGCUUACAGAAUCAUUAGAAGAAUUGCAUAAUGUAGAAAAUGUAUUACCAGAACCACAGAAAGAAAAAGCGGAAAUAGUCAAAGGAGUUGAAGGAGAAAAUGAAUGUAAAAAUGUAGAUGAUCUCCCCCUUAGCACUGACGGUAAAAUUGAAGAAAUAGAAAGGGAAAGAGAAAUAAAAACGGAGAAAGAGAUUAAUAUCGAUCUACCAUCUACAUCUCGACAAGCAUAUGGAUCCGUUAAAAAAGAUACAAGCACUAAGAAAGUGCGUCCAUAUGCGAAAAAGAGAAAAACGAACACAGGAAAUGUAACUCCAAAAAUGAAACAAGAACAGGAGGAGAGUGCAGGAGAAGGUAUAGAAGCUGUGGACUUACCUAGUUUAUUAGAAAAAUUUGAAGAGAUUGAAAAAUCUGAAACUUUACCGAAUGAUAAACCAACUGUUGAGGACGUACGUCGUGUCAAGUUACCAAACAAAACGCGCAACGUAAAGCAACGGAGUUGUCAAACGGAUGGCGCAUCCAAUAAAUCUACUAUAUACACUCCGUGUCAUGCCGAAAACUCGUGCGAGAAAGUAGUUAUGACGGAGGUACCUAAAAGAACCGUCCUGACAACGCACGCUGUACUAAACACAGAAUAUUCUGAAAAUCGCAGUAAUAUUAUGUUCAAAAGUAAAGAAAGUAAUAGUUCUUCUAUAGACUUGGAACACGAUUAUUGCAAAGUUUAUUCUAAUGAAAGAGCGAGCAAGAACACAUCAAAAUCACAUCGAAGUGAAACAUCAAAUCAAUCGGAGAGAUGUGACAAUCAGCCGAAAAAGAGCGACGUGAUAUUGACACAAGUUAGCUGCGCAGUUAAUUCGCCGUCUGCUCAAAAAGCAGCUCCGAAUCUAAUCAACAAAGCUCCUGCCACUGGCGACAUGAACAUUCAGUCAGUUCUAGCCAGGACCAUCUUAAAGUCGCGACAAAAGAGUUUUGCAAUGGAAACGCAGACAGGACCUAAAGCACUCCAAUUAGUUUCUGUACUGAAAAAACAGCAAAAUUCAUCUACACAAUGCUCAAUAUUAACCAAGAACAUUAAGGAAAGCAUUGUAACCACUAUCAACAGUUCGAAUGAUGAAAUUAAAAAUAUAAUACAGCAAGACAAUACUGAAAAUAUACCGGUACAAGAAACUAAAAAACCGAUACGUAAAAAGUUAAAUCUAGAAGAAUAUAGGAAAAAAAGAGAAUUUUCAAAUAAUAGCAAUAAAACUGGUAUAUCAGUACAGAGAAAAUUGGUGUACCUUUAUAAUGCGUACACCAUGACAAAACCUUUUGUGGAAAAAGGUGAAGAAAUUUGGUCUGGAUGUGAGAUUGAUACAGCUAUAAAGUCUGUAUUAGAUAAUGACGCAGGAAAUACUAAAUUACUGAACUGCGACGCAGCGGUCCAGACGUAUGAAACGAUUUUUGAAUUUUCUGGAAAAUCGCCACAACAAGAAAGCAAACGUCGUUCAAGUCGUUCGAAAUCCAACACCAAAAGCAGGAGCAGGAGCAAGAGUAGAACUCGAAAUAAGAGCAGCAGCAGCAGCAGCAGCAGCAGCAGAAGUAGGAGUGAGAGUAGAAGGACGAGAAGGAGUGGGAAUAAGAGUAUAUACAGGAGAAGAAGUGUUGAGAGAAACAGGAACAAACGCAGAAGCCGGAAGUCAAGUACUAGUGAAAGUAGAAGCAGAAGUUUGAGCAGGAAUAGAUCUUCAAACCACAGUAAAAAUAGAAGCAGAAGUAAAAGUAGAAGCAGUUCUGAAGAAACUAGACAUAGCAGAGUACGACGAACAAGUCGUCAACGCAGUCAUGAUAGUUCGACUUCCAGUUCACUUCUCUCAACGUCUUCCUCACGAUAUUACUCGCGUCGUUCAAGAUCGUCUUCUCGUGGAAGGAGCCGAAGAUCAAACAAUCGAGGCAGCAACGAUCGGGAACGAUAUUAUGAUAGAAGAUAUUCCAGAAGCCGCCAAGAUCAGGACAUGAGAAGCAGGUCCCCUCUAUCAUACCAUCGUAGACAUCAGAAUGAAAGAUACCGUAAAGAAUGGCAACGUCAAGUGGACGAAAGAAGAGUAAUAUAUGUAGGGAAUAUUGAAAAUGGAAUAACCAAAGCAGACCUACACAGACGUUUUGAGAGAUUUGGCCGUAUUGUAGGCAUUAGUCUUCAUUUUCGUCCACAAACUAAUUACGGCUUUGUAACAUUUGAACACAAAGCCGAUGCUUACACAGCCAUUGAACACGGUAACGAUGGCCAAUUCCCUAUUUAUCAAAUAUCCUUCGGUGGCCGUAGAGCUUUCUGUCAAGUCAACUAUGCAGAUCUUGACGGUGCUGCAACUAGCUCACACGGCAGUGGUUCCAGCGCAUCGACGGAGAACGACGAUUAUGAUAUCGUUUUACAUAAGGAAAUGCGCCGUCGAAAAUUGGUUUGACAAUUGUAUUGUCUAACAAUUGUAAAUGUUAUUUAAAUGUAAAUGUAUAUGUAAAUAAUAUAAAUUAAUCCACAAAUAGAAGUACCAUCAUGUAUAUACCCGCAGUAUAAGUAAAAAUAGAAAAUAACUUUUUAACAACACAUUGGGAGAUAUAUUAUUGAAGUAACAAUAGAGAAAAUGCUUGUAAAAAAUUGCAUGAUCGCUCUGCGAAUGAUUGGUUUUAUUUCGAUCUGUCAGUGUAAACGUAUCAUAGACGUACAGUAAUCUUUUAACUUUAAAUUUUAUUUUUUGUUGUUUUCUCUAUUGUGACAUCGUCUUCUUUGCAUUGUGGCGAUUUUCAAGAGAAUUUAAAAAUGGUGUAAAAAAUGGGAAAUUCAGAAAAUUUUAUAAGAAAAUUUUCUUGUAUCUGAUUGGAAGUGAUUUUCCAAAAAAACUUGCGGUAUUUAUAAGAUUUGCAUUGUUUUCUUAAAAAAUAAUAACAAAACAUCAAACGGCCGAUUAUAGAAAAUCGAUACAUAUUCACAUUUAUGUUCGCUGACCAAAAGUUACUAUUAAUUAAUAAAAAAGAAAAUUGCACACAGAAAUAUUAGACCAAUUGAGAUCAAGUUUACCAUGCAUUCUAGAGCUCAAAAUCAUGAUAAUUCAACAAUUAUCAUAUCCUUUAUCAGUAGGUACUUAUUAAUUUCAAUAUGUACUCGCGCAAAUCCCUGUUUGAUGUCAAAAAUAUUUCGAAGGAUUAAAUUUAAUUUAUUCGUAUAUGUCAACCAUGACGAAGAAUAGGUAUGUAAUCGUCAUUAAUUAUACAGACGAAUUGUUGCUAACUGUAAAAAGAAAAAAAUUGAAAAAUUGGAUAAUACGAGAUCGUGAGACAACUAGGAAAGGAAUAACGUUUGAAAAUGGAAUUUCUUUGUAAGACAUUUCGUUGUGAAGAAAACCGUUCUUAAGAAUUUACAUUACGUAUAUGUGCAAAAUAAUAAUUUUAUAAAGAAACAUUUUCAGACGUAAUAUACUAGUAAAAACAAAAAUAUUAUCGUAAAAAUGUACAGUAAAGUUUCUUAUGCCGUAGAUAUCAAACAGAUAAUAGGCUAAUGUUAUUUCUUUAAGUUACGUCCUCUACAUGAUAAAAUAUUUAAAUGGUAUAGCUUUUACAUUAAUCAUACACUAAUGAUGACUUGCCUUCAUGAUUGUAUGCAAUUAAUGAUGUAUAUCCGAAGUUCUUUACCAGACAGGGAAGUGAGAGUCAUUGUCGUCUCGUAUAAUGAAGGAGUUGUUGGCGAGAUGUGUAUACAGAUUGGAACUUGUCCGUUGGAUCGUCUUACAUCUAGAUACACAUA